UGUCGUGUAGUGCUUGUGCUCACUUUGUCUGAAGAAUAAUGCCCAGAAAAAAAAGUUUGUGCCAACGGUACAAAGAUUUUCUUUGAAGCAGAACGUCAGAAGGUUAAGGAGCUAGUUGGCGUUAGCUAACCCUGACACAUUAGUGGACGGGGACGGACAGGAAAGAAGACAUUCCUCGUGGAGAAGGUGAAAAACAGAAGCCACACUGUAAGAGAAGGCCUAGAAACCCAAAACUGGGGAGCCACUGGAGCCUCAGGGUGCUGGAAUGGAGCAGCUCAUCGAGUCACUGGAGAGAAAGCUGCAGAGACCCCUUCUGGCCAAGUCCCGCACUCUUCCCAGCAUCCCCCAGUCCCCCACAGUCUCCAGGGUCCACCACUCUGAUCUCAUUGGUGGGAGUCCUCCUCGCAGGAAGAACCCGCCCACCACUAGCAGCCACCCAAAGGCCUGCACCCUGCCGCCUGCAGGUGAGCUGUGGCGUUUGGAGGAUGACAUGGAGGGCGAAGACGAGCCCCAGCAUGGAUUGUGCACCGAGGCACGCCCUCGUUCCCAGUCGCCAUUUUCCCACUUCAGAGCACGAGCUGCUUACCUCCGCAAGAGCGUCUCGGCAGACGAUCACCUAGACCUGGGCUCUGAGAACAGUCCUGUGAUGGCAGUGGAGGGCAAACCAAACCGGGGCAACAAGGGGAAGCUGAAGAGGAAGUUUAGCCUGGGCUCAGCUGAUCGGAAGGAGAAUCAGAACAAGAAGUCAGAGUCUGGGAUCUCCAAGUUUACCCAUCGUCUCUCCUUGAAAGAACGUGUGCCCAAGACGGAAAAGGCCUCAGACAGACCCUCAUCCUACAGGAGAAGAUCUCUAAGCGUGGACUGGGCUGACACUGCCAAGAUGACGCAGCCCAUGAGGGGGGACCAGGCCCACCAGCCGGCCCCAGCCCGCAAGGCGGCCAGCUUGUCCUCGCCAAGCGCGGCCCGCCGCCUUUACCGCAACUUGUCUGGAAAGUUCCGUGUGGGCACCAACCCCCCUGCCCUGGAGGACAGCGUGGUGUCAGGACGGGGGGGAGACAAGGAGAGACUGCGUAAAACCACCAUAUUCCAAAGUAAUGAAGCAUUGUUUGAGGCCGUAGAGCACCAGGAAUUGGACCUGGUUCAGCUGCUUCUGUCACAGUACAGUCUGGAGGAGCUAGACCUCAAUACCCCCAACAGUGAAGGCCUCCUGCCCCUCGAUAUCGCCAUCAUGACAAACAAUGUACCCAUGGCCAAGCUGCUGCUACGAGCGGGUGCAAAAGAGAGCCCCCACUUUGUAAGUUUGGAGGGCCGAGCAGUACAUUUGGCCACCUUGGUGCAGGAGGCUGAGCAGCGAGUGUCCGAGCUCCAGGCCCAGGUUCGAAGCGAGGGUCCUGCUGAGCGGGAGGGAUCGGACCGGGAGAGGCAGCUGAAGGCCUGGGAGUGGAGGCUGCAGCUCUUUAGACGCAUGCAGACAGGUUUCGAGCAUGCUAACCCUCCAGACGCUCCCAGUGUAGUUCGCUUGUCGGUCAGCAGCAGCACCAGUCUGAGGGUGGACUUCCAGGAACCGCAAUGUGUCAAUUCUGCUGUGGUUACCAAGUACAAAGUGAGCUGGAGCAGCGCUCCUUCAUUCAGUCCUUUGCUGGGUGAAACUGCGGUUGAAGACACCAAUCUUCUGCAGGGAAACAUCACAGGAUUGACUCCUGGGACCUAUUACUACGUCCAGGUGUCAGCCUACAACAUGAAGGGCUGGGGACCACCACUAGUUUCGACCCCUUCCUGCGCUGCACCUUCCAGUUGGAGGGAUAUCGAUGGUCGCGCUCCACGUCAGAGAGGCCAGAAGGAGGCACUAGACCAGCUCCUGGGACAGAUAAAAGAAGCUCACCGCCACUGUGUCUGCCAUGAGCAGUGCAAAGCUCCAACACAAGGGAGGAAGCAUUCAGUAUCCAAAAGUCUGCGCCACCUCUUCCAAACGAACAGCAAAUUUGUAAAAAGCUUGAAAAGAGGUCUAUAUUUGACCACCAUAUUCUACCGAGACGAUAAUGUGUUGGUGACGCCAGAAGACCAGAUUCCUAUUGUGGAGGUUGAAGACUCCUACCCCAGCUCUCUUAUGCAGGACUUCCUCUGGUUUACUAAGGUAUCAUAUCUAUGGGAGGAGAUCCCCUGGCUACAGCAGUGUCUCAGUCCUUCCCAGUCAUCUUGCUCCUGCACUCUGCAGACUCGCCUCAAGAUGCUGCAGGCUGUCUCACAGCUACAGGGCAUGCUGGGUACCCAGGACCUUGGUCAGGUGUAUUUUGAGCCUAUCAAAGACAAACACGGUAACGCCUUGCUGGUGCUCCUGAAAGACAUGAACACCUGUCCCAACCUGGAUGGCGUUCGCUGGACGCAACUUUGCAAACUGCAGCUCCAACGGAAGUCCAUCUCGUCCCCUGAUGAGCCCACCGCCUUGGACAUGCUCCUAAUCACACUCCAUGAGAAGCUGGCGUACCACAGGCGGAGCAGGAAGAUGCUGUCUCCAGGUUUAUACCUGGGCUACCUGAAGAUGUGUACAUCAGUGGAGCAGAUUAGAGCGCUGGUGCCACAGAAACUCCCAAAUGUCCUCUGUCACACAAAAAUUCGAGACAACUGUAAUGUGUCCAGAGAGGAGUGGCAGUGGCUGCAGGCUCUUAGCUCUCUAGAUGAGUCGCUGGAAAUGGACCGUGAGGAACAGAGUGCUCCACAUCGCCUCCUACAGGACCUGCGCGGUGCCAUAAAGGACCUGAUGGCACACAUCAAUGUCCCGGGCAAUCAGGUGCAGGAAUUCCGUAUCUACAGCCAGGAAGUGGUGGAGUUUGGUGAGAAAGUGUCCUUCCUGCUUCUUCUCCCACCCUCAGAUGAAGUUUGUACAGCUCCUGGUCAGAAUAAUCCAUACUCUCCUCGCUCUGGUUUCCUCACCCUGCCCCUGCAGAUCUUUGAACUUGUCCACUUUAAUGCAUAUUGCCCCAGUUUCAUCGGUCAGUACUGCAGAGUGUCAGCUCUGCUGGAGCUGGAGUCCCUCAUGUCCCAGCAGGCUUUGAGAGAGGCAUUUUCAGAGGCUGAGCUAAAUGCUGCGAAGAAAAAACAUCAGCAGGUUCAGGAACACAUUCAGCAAAUGGAAGAGGUGUGGCGUGAUGCAAGGUGGAUCAUGGAUGCCUUACAAUAUGCCCGCUACAAGCAGCCAACAGGAGGAAUCUCCAUAAGCUGGAUUAUCGACUUCUCCAAGGAAGUGUUGCCAGAGAAGCCUCCCUCCACUUCCUCUCAGCCUGACUUCAUGCCCUCACCCAUGCCUUCACCUGAACCCUGCCGCAAGCACUCAGAUUUUGCUGGGUUAUCAGAUGAAGAGGGUUCCUCAGAGGUCUUCCUAACCACAGACAGUGACUACGACUCAAGCCGUGCCCAGAGUCCCCGUGAGCUCGACCUGUUGCCACCUUCACCCCUAUCAUGCUCUGCGCCAUUAGAGCCCCGUGGUUACCUCCGGAGUGAUGGAAGCAGCUCAGGAGGAGUGAUGUGUCUUGGCGGGAGUGGGCGCGGAGGGGGAGCUCUGAGGGAUUCCACGCCAGAUGUACUCCAGGCCUCAGAGCCGCAACAUGUGAGGGAAAGUGAGCGCUGUGGUGGGGGAGGAGGAGGAGGGGGAGUUCGUUGUGGAGGGGAAAGGCGAAGGGGAGCUCCUGAGCUGUUUGACAGUGACUUCAUCCUCCCCAGCCGGCAGAUCGAGCUGCUGCACAUCACAGAGAAGAGGCAGGCCUUCUGUGUGAGAACCAGCAGCCUGGAGUUCCCCUCCUCCACUUCGGCACAUCACCAGCCUUACUGCCACCACACCAACUUCCCCUCUCCGUCCACCUCACCACAGCGAAGGUGGCACAGGCCGUCAUCGGUGGACCGCUGUUGCUCUGCUGAACACUGUCUACCGCAAAUCCCGCCAGCACGUACGUUAUCGGAGGACAGUGGCACUCAAAGACUCUCCUCGCCAUCUCCUGCUGCCCACAGGAAGGGAUGCCAUACCACGCUUAGAGUGUACCCACAGUACCGCACAGGUCUGCCAAAGGACACCAGUGUUAAGCUUUGUGUAACUCCUGGAACAUCGGCGCAGGAGAUGGUCCAUCUGGUGGUGCAGGAGAUGAACGCAGUGUCUCGGCGCUUGCUUGGUAACAACGGAGGAGGAGAAGGGGAUCAGGAGCAGUGUGUAUGCUACAGUCCUGAACAAUUUAAGCACUUUGGCCUUGUUCUGGUUUUGGACAAUAGAGAAAAAUGGCUCCAGGAUGAUUUCUGUCCUCUGGAGCUCCAAAAUCCUUGGCUGAGGGGGAAACUGUGUGUACGCAUAAAGGAGUAUUCACCGUUAGCGCUCAAACACAGUCGGGCCACAACAGUGUGAGUGUUUGAGAGGUCGUGUGGAUUCUACUCUUAAAUUAAGGAACUAUUGUACAAAAAUCCUCCUUGACUUGAUGAUAUUUUCUCUUCUACUGUGGUGUCACCAUCCACAACUGCAGCUAUGACAUAUUUUCUGCUGUGCUCAUGAUAUCUGACAGGCCUCUGUUACCAUGAAAUGUGCUCCAAUGUACAUAGGACAUUUUUUAUACAGAUCAGAGACUCUCAUAUGGACACCAAAUGAACUAUUAACAAAUAGAACAAAGAGAAAAGAAUUUAUGCUGUCGGAAAUCAUCACUAAAAGUAUUUUGAUGCUGAGUGACAGAAAUGGGGCGACACUUUGAUUCCCAGGAUGAUUGAUGGCCUUGCAAGUUGCCAAACGACAUGGGUAGCAUCUUGGCCUCCCCCGCCACACGUGGGCACGGCUUUUCCUCUGAACUCUCUCAUUGUGUCGUUCCCCAAAGAGCUGUUCGCUGCUGCUGCCUGGCCCCAUGUUCCCAGGAUGUGGGCUCUGGACCCGGCUCAGAGGGCAGGAAGGAAGGGAAAGUACCAAAGGGGGGGCUGGCGUCUUCACUUGGGGACGCACUCAGCCGACGUUUUGGCCUGUCAGUCAACUGCUCUUGGCCACCAUUAAUGUCUGGUGGCAACAGCCAAAAAAGGGAGAGAGAGUGUGAGGGCAAGGAGGAGGGUGGAUCUUUUGAACCUGAACCACUGAAGCUCUUUCCUUACCUUUUUGCAACAACAACUCCUCUGUAUAUUAGACUCAGUCUUACUGUAGCUAAAAGAUAAGAUCAUCUCACAUAAUAAAACCAGCUCAUUUGGAUACCUGAGACAAAAGGAAAACAAGCAAUACUUAACUCUUUUUGUUAGAUGGAGAGAGGCAUGCUAUCCUUCCACAAAUGUGCUGAGUACAUCUGAAGUACUGUAGUCAUGCCGUGCUAGAAGUUAACCAGUCCAGUGUUUUUGUUGUGUUUGCUUCAGUGGUUUUCCCAGAUGCAUCAGGAAUCGGUGCCCGUCAGUCUAGAGCAGGCUCUCCCAAAGGGAUUCUGGUGUGAAAGGGAUGACUCAAGUUGUUAAGAGGCCUGGUGUUUGUUAGUAAGAAAAAUACCAUGUAGUGCAGGCUGUCUCCUAAAAUGCCUCAAAAUGAGUUCCAUAUAAAAAAGAUCUUACUAUAAUGAUUAUAGUCAGACAGAGCCCCUUAUGUGCUAACAGCUACAAACUGUCCUGUGGAGGUCAGUUAAAUGAAAUCAUCAUAAAAUUAGGACUUUAAUUAUCUCACCGAGUUAAAGAAUAAUGAAGACACAAUUGAUGCAGCCGUCCUUGGAGGAAAGGUAGAGCUAGCGUGUGUAUUUUUGCUCAGUUUUGUUUCCCUUACCUUAGAAAUUGUAACUUUAAAUAAAGUGCACACAAAACAGAAUUAUCCUUUAUCCUGUUUUGGGAUGAAACACAAUUAAAGUGCAUUAAAGAUAAGGCUUCAGCCAGUUGACAAUAUCAUAUAGCUAUUAAAAGGCCAUAACAUUAUUUAUUUUCACUUAGUAUUUUUUAAGAUUGUUUGACAAAGCAUUGACAAUGUUAAAAAUAAUAUAAACAGUUUGUAUCAUGAUUAAAAAAACAGACUAUUGUAGUAAAAAAAAAUACAGGCAAAAUAAAGCUAUAAUAAUUCUGCAUGUGUCCAUUUAUAAUGUAGUGUCCUGACAGCAUGCAAGCGAUACAACGCAAUGCCAUGCAAAGCAGCACAACGGUUUUCCCUUAUCGCCCUGUUCCUAGUUUCCUCUCUGUCGCUGACGUUGAGGCGGGAGAAGAAGAAUGAAAAAAGUGCAUACCAAGGCAUAAUGACUGUCGGACAAAAUACGUCCUUGAUUUUCUUUCACCUUCCUUGCUCUGCAGAGCUUAAUAGUACCCAUGUCAGUGUUUAAAAUAUAUUGUGCUCUGACUUGUGUCAACAUGGAGGCAAAACUAUUCAGCUCAAAGCUGACAAAUGCUAGUCAAUGCAAAGCACCACUUCUCUUUCAGCAUAAAAGCAAUAGAUGGUGUAUUUUUUUUACAAGAAUAAAAAUCAAAAUCAUAGGGCAGUGAAUCAAGUGUGGACAGUGAGUGUGGGAUGUUGAACACUAUUCCUGAUGCUCACUUCCUGUCAGGACACAGUGUUAGACACAGCCAGUGUCUCCCCACACAUUUAACUGACUUCAGUAUUCCUGUAGCUGCAAACUAGCUAAUUUACUAGCUAACAAGUCAACAAUCAUUGUCAGACUUGGAGGUAAUGAUGCAUAUUAUGAGGGCUGUAGUGAUGCUUUAUUUUUUAAACUGCUGAAUGAUCUUGAGCUUAUCUAGGGUUUUACACUGAUAACAGACUAUGUUACAUGAAAACCCACCAGGUUAUUUUCCUUAAAGAAAGUAUUGCAGAAUUUAAAAACAUGUAUACACAUUUUACAACUUUGUAGAAGUAACAGACUUGAAUUUCACCACUGGGUAGUCCAAAAGCCACCAUACAUAAAAAUUACACUCACUGAUCUCUUUAGGAGGUAUGGACCUUUUGCAGACUCAUCACUCUUGUGGCAACAGCGGAAGUGCCACUGUUGACAUCAGGCUGCUAAGGGUUUUAGAUGGUUAUUAUGUUCUAGGUGUAUUUAGGAGCAAUAAAGUAACAGAAAGCAACAAAAUAGCAUCAGCCCACUUGACUCAAAUGUCGGUGUCUGUAUCAUCUUCGCUUACAAACAGAGAAACUUGUGAAGAGCAGACUGAAAGAGAUGUUUCUCUGUACACAGGCAGUAAUCUUAAGAGCAUACAGAAGCCUUAAUACCUAUACCUAUCAAUCAGACUACACUCACGACCGUUUCAGACUGUCUGCAUGCCACGGCUGUCAGCUCCAGCAAGCACCAUCACAGUUUUCAUAACAGACACAUGUGGGCUGCGAGUUAGUUGCGUCUCCCUGCUGUCACAGCCCUGGCUUUCUUUACAAGUUCACCUCAAUAAAUGUUCCUACAAGUGUGUUGAUUCUGGGAAAACUAAGAACAAGAACAUUCUGUAUAAGGAGGGGAUUUUCUCCAAGGAAAUCCUUAACCAGGCUUUUACUCUGAAAAUCCCAAACUGGAGGUGUGCUUUGUUUAUCUUGUCUGUGACAGAUUCUAGCUGUGUGGAAACAGAAAGCUUUAUCACUAGUUGAAGUUUUGCAUUCUGCAGCUGAGAAUGUACAUAUUUGCUACAACACGGUAAAAUCCAAUUUCUAUUUUGGCCAAGAGACACGUGCGGCUCGUGGGAGAAAUAGGCAAGCUCUCUAUUCUCUUGAUUCUCCGUAUAUGUGAGACAUGCAUAUCAGGCGUGUGAGACAGUGCUCACACAGGCAGUCUUAAAUCCCUGACUUGUUAACAUCUGACCCAAAAUGAAUAUUAAACUGUGUUGCACACCCAGUCUGAACCAGGCUUAAGCAGCAUUUGCGAGUACUCUUUCUGUCUUCAGCAUCUCAUUCUGCUCAAAGUCACCUGUAAACAGAAUCACCUUUUCAACUGCAGUACCGAUGUUUGCUAGCAUCAACUUAAGCUUAUCCACUGCUUCUGUGACAUAUGUGCUGUUGCUAUGAAGAAUGAGUUGUUCACAACCCAUAGAAUGAUUUGCAGGUAUCUAAUACUGACAUUUCAAGUCUUCUGAAAUUUCCAUGUACAAAUGUGUACUACACAGAUAACAUUCAGGAAUUUGUGGCCAGGAUAACUGAUUUAUCAUUAGUGUCCAGUGAGUGGCAUGCAGCGUUUGCAGUCCAGACUGGACCAAUGCCAGACAGAGCAGAUAGAUGUUCAACCAGCAAUUUUACCAACCAAUCACACAGCAGCAACUAAUGCAUGUAGGCAUGUUAAAAAAGACAAGAUGAUGUGCUAAAUUUCAAACCGUGCAUCAGAAAGGGUAAGAAAGGUGAUUUAAUUACUUUGGAUGCUCCAUUGUUGGUGAUCUGGCAGACUUUUGUGUUGUUUAAGAUAAAUUCUGACUCUUCCAUUUAAAUGUUACAGGAGAAAUCGAGGCUCAGCAGAUCAGGUGCAUUUUUCCAGCCUUCUAGUGUUUAAUUUUAGUGAAUUGCAGCCUCAGUUUCCUUAUCUUAGCUGACAGUAGUAGCACCUGGUGUGGUCUUCUGCUGCUAUAUCCCAUCUGCAUCAAGGUUAGAUAUCUGCAUACUUGUUGUAAUGAAGGUUUAUUGGACUUAUUAUAGCCUUCAUCAGCUCGAUCAAGUCCAGUUAUUCUUCCCCUGACCUCUGCCAUUAACAAGGCACUUUGGCUCAGAGAACUGCUACUCAUUUUGAUUCUUGGUUUGAACUUCAGCACAUCUCUUGACAUGUCUCCAUGCCCACAUGCAUUUGGCUGCUGCCAUUUGAUCAGCUGAUUGGAUAUUUGUGUUAAUGUACAGUUGAAUAGGUAUGGCUAACAAAGUGAUGAAUGAGUGAAUGGCCAGUUUAGUCUACACUGGGUGUUUCUAACAUGUAAAAUUGGAUAUUAUGAGUUCAGAAUUUGCCACACACAUACGUAUACUAUGUGAUGUCUUACUUUACACAAGCAGUAUGGAAGUUUGCAGAUUCAGACACAGUCAGAGUCGACAGAUGAGCUGCAGCUCCUGUAUUGAGUUCAAUUUUUUCUCCAAAUCUUCGGGGGCAUUUUUUGUCGAAACCCUCCUUUUCCAGCUAUAUUUGAGAUUUUGUGCCAAGAUUGAAUUUCUCUGUUCACACUAUUAAGAGUGUGAAAAUCUCACAACAAUACAUUUUAACAGAGCAGUCUGUUGUGUUAACACUGAACUCCACAUCUCACACUCAUAGAGACUACAAGAUGAUGGUUUUAUUUUUUUAACAAACAUAUUUUAAAACAUACGUUUUUUUGUUCUGCUAUAAAACACUGAGCGGGCUCGGCGUCAUCAUACCAUGAUAAUAAUCUGCAGCUUUUACAAAUGUAGCACCAGAACCUUCAAAAUGAGGAGAGAGCGGCAGGUUAAGCUGGCGAACCUGUCCUCAGUUUUUGUAGCAUUCCAGGUUCAGGAAGUGGAAGAGAUAAAAUGGCGCCUUUAAAAGUGUUUACAGAGAUUUUAGUUUCCUUUACACAUUUGAAAAUGUGUUUACUUGUAACUACUGUACAAAGAUGUCUUCAGACAAACUGAUGUUGUGAGCUGUGGUUGGUUUUACUAAUGGCUUAAACUCUUGUGUUAGCGCUUAGAUGUCUUUGUUAUGAGCUGUUUUUAUGAGGAUCAACUACAAAAACAAGUCACACAAGCAGAGAAUGACCAUGUACAUAGCAAAAUAAGACUCCAGGAUGAAUGUACUGUAUCUGCCCUUAAUGUGAAAUAAAGUGGAUAUGGGGCCACAGAGAAAGUAAAAGCUAGGAGAUUAUACUGAAGGGAACGAGGGGGUUUAAAUUCCCUUCAGUGAAAAAUAAAGCAGAGCCCCAUGUUUACAAGGAGAUGUUGGCGGAUCCGUCAUGAAGGAGACAU